AUGGUGGCAAGCUCAGUGGUAUGUGCCGAGUUUGAUCCCUCGCGGUCCUUCCUUGCUACAGGACAUGUUUCGCUUGACAGACAUCAAGUGAAGGUGCAAUCCGUUACUCCAUCGCAGGGUUCUCUUAAUGUAUCAUUCACCUUGGGGAAGCUGGAUAAGUUAACCAGAUUAACUUGGGUAUCUUAUAAAGAGCAUCAAGUAGUUGCUAUAUGUUUGACUCGAGGUGUCAUUUUGGUAUAUUCCCCAUUGACCAACGAUAUAGUUUGUGAAUUGCAAUCACCUACUAGUAGUUCCAGUAUUCAAGAUUUACAUUAUUCUCAUAUGACCAAUUCCGCAUGGUCUUGUGAUAUCGAUGGGAAUAUUUGUGAAUGGGAUUUUAUGAACUUCUCCCUAAAGCAAACGUUUAGCAUUAGUGAAGUACUUGAGAAUGCCGAAAGUAUCAAUAGAGUUUGUGUGGUUGAAUGGGAAAAUGAACCUCAUUUAUUACUUGGUCAACACUCAAUCACAUUAAUUAGCAUUAGACAAUCCAAACAAGUGGUUAAAGCCUUCCCUGGUCAUAUUCAACCUGUCAAUGCAAUUGUACCCAUUGAAUCUAACUCAGAUCUAUUUUUAACCAGUGGUGAAAGUGAUAGAUUUAUCAAUCUAUAUUCAUUAUCCAAAGGCUCAACUAGUCUGGUUUUUGUUACUCAGUCCCCAGUAUCUACCAUUGAAAUUGGAUCACUUGAUUCCAAGUCCAUUUUAGCUGUAAUAAAUGAUAAUGGUAAUGUUGAAAUUUUUAAUGAUUUCUUGAAUUCCAAGUCCAAUACGGAUCCUUCAACUCCUCAGAAACAACCACUUAAGAAGAAAAGAAGACAAGCAGCAAAUCAAGUACAAACUUUAACUCCCAAUGGUAGUAUUAAAAUUUCAAGACCAGAUUUGGAAAUAAAGUGUCCUGAUGAUGCCAACUUAAUCAUUGACGGACUAGCUAUAAUGGAAGAUUCCAUCUAUUAUUCAUGGAUAGAGAAUGGGAAUGUGCCAUUUAUUGAUUCUGCCAAAUGGAUAAAUGAAGAAGGAAUAUUUACAUUCAACAGAUCAAUAACCAUAAGCAAGAGUAAACCUGAUUUAAAGGCUAUAAGCCAUACUGAAGCAGGUCAUGACAUUGCAGCAAGCAAACAUUAUAAUGAAAGUAAUGCCAUAAUAAAUGAUGGGUUGACCACCAAUAAUGUGGUUAAUUAUAGUGAUAACGAUGAAGAUGACGAAGAUAGAGAGGAGGGGGAAUCGUUGGCAGAAAAAUUGGACAAGUUAUCAACAGAUAAUAAUAAUCAAAAGCAAAACCCAACUAAAUCAAAUAAGAAGAAAUUAACAGGACUGACAUCAAGUUUGACCUUGACUAUAGUUUUGUCUCAAGCAUUAAAGAAUAAUGAUCAUGCAUUAUUUGAAACUGUUCUUUCCAAUAAAGAUCCUCAAGUUAUUCAAAAUACCAUAAUGAAAUUGGACCCUUCAUUGGCUAUACUUUUGGUUGAUAGAAUUUCUGAACGAGUUCAAAGACAAACGUCCAAGUUUGACCAAUUAAAUGUUUGGUUGAAAUGGAUAACUAUCAUUCACGGUGGAUAUUUAUCAUCUGUUCCUAAUUUGAGUGCCAAAUUAUCCAGUUUGCAUUCCUUCUUGGUCAAGAAAUCAAAUAGUCUUCCAAGAUUAUUAGAAUUACAAAGUAGAUUCAAUAUGCUCUUCCAGCAGAUGGAAUUACAGAAAGAGAUUUUGAAACAGAGUGUUCCUGAAGAUCAAGACGAUGAAAGUGACGUUGAAUAUAUUGAAGAAUUGGAUGAUGCUCAGCUCUUACAAGAGAUUGAGAUAGACAGUGAUGAUGAGGAAGACGAUGAGGAAGAUGAGGAGGAAGACGAUGAAGAUGAAGAUGUUGAAGAAGCAGAAGACGACGAUAGUGAUGAAGAGAAUUAUAGUGACUUGGAAGCUGACAUCACUGGUACACGUAAAUAG